AUGAUGUACAGAGACGCACUUGGCCGGGCCACAGAGGCGGUUAACCUCAAAGACCUGGGGAUCGACAAUAUGUCCUGUAGUAAAGGCCUCACGGGUGCCUUUAUAUGGCAGAUACGAGGCAAAGGGGCAAACGAAAAGGCCGACCGGGUGGCGGAGGCUUUCAAGAGUGCCGUCCCAGGAACGAAGAUUACUCGCCCCCUGCACACGAACACCAUAAGGUUGGUAGGACUGGAUGCGUCCGCUAAUGGGACCAUCAUUAGGAACGCGCUUCUGCAGGUAAAAUCCGGAACAGACCCCAACCUCAUUAAGAUAGGAGAGAUCAGGAUUGACAGGAGUAGACUAGGCGAGGCCAUUGUCUCGGCGCCGGUGCCUGUCACUCGGGCGGCCCUGGAGAGGGGCAAAAUAGCUGUGAGGCUUACAACAGUGAGGGUGCACGAACUUAGGCAGCGCCCCCUCAGAUGCCACCGGUGCCUUGCGCGAGGACAUGUAGCGGCAAUGUGCCCGGCUGCAAAGCCCAAGACAGACCUUUGCUACGUCUGUGGAAAACCGGGCCACUUGGUCAAAACAUGCACGGACAAGACAGCGUGUCCGGUUUGUACAGAUGUCGGCCGGAAGCCGACCAACCACCGUGCUGGUUCUUGGGACCCGCAUAAGGUCACUGAAAAAACUGGAAAGAAAACAGUGAAAGUGACCAAGAAGAGUAUUGUACACGAAGACAUGGAGGUGGAACAAGGUGUACCGGGCACCUCAAUAGGGGACUUGCUGGCACAACGCAUGCGCGAGGACAGAGUGGAGCUUGCGGUCAUUGCGGAACCAUGGUGGGUUCCUCCGGGGGAUGAGAGGUGGUUCUCAUCCCUAGGAGGGACUUCACUCUCCGCGGUGCUUGUGGGCGAGAGUAGAAGACUCUGUAGCCUGGUGCGUCGGGGUCUUUUUUACGUAGCCGUUAAAUGGGGGAACUCGCUGGUAGUUUCAGUCUACUUUCCUCCCAGCGAGAAUAUUAACAUGUUUAGUAGACUCCUUGAUGAGCUCAAAGAGCUCUUAGGAACAUUCCCCGCUCUCCCAGCGCUGAUGGCUGGCGAUUUUAAUGCCAGGUUCAGCAGAUGGGACCCGGAAGGCAGGAGUAACCGUAGGGAUCUAACGUGGGGCACGCCGGCGGCUGGCGUCCGCCUCUCGGACUGGAGGGUGGAUGAGACUGAGUCCCUGUCGGACCACCUAUUUGUUAGAUAUAACUAUAGGCACGAGGCUGCAGGGGUCCGAAAUUUUCGCCCACGAGAUAAAAAGCUCCUUCGUUGGAAGGUUAAUUCUCUGGAUGAGGACUACUUGGCUGCGGCCCUCAUUUCAGGGGAGUGGACAGGUGGAACUAUGUACGGAGGGAGUGCGGCCGGUGCGGACUGUGUGGACAAGAUGGUGAAGUGGGCACAGUCUACACUGAAGCAAGUAUGCGACAUGGCCAUGCCCCGGGUGAGGGGACAAACCUGCGGUAGUAAAAGUACGUACUGA